GGCGGCACUUCCUACCCCUCGCUGUCCGGCUAGCUCCCUCUCCCCCCUCCCCGGGGGCCGAAGGCUCUGGCUGUAGCCCCGAGGCCGGCAGGCCAGGUAGGAUUUCCGGGGGAAACUGCAGUGGAGCCUGAGGCGGCGGCGGCCUGGAAACUAUAACCCACCUCCCUAAACUGGUUAAUGGUGAUAUGGAAGAUCCAUUUGACUUCUCCAGAGAAUCCUGGGACAGUAGAAGAAGCAGGCCAGUCCACCACAGACCCAGGCAUGGUCAUGGAUUUUGUGGAAACAGGAGAUACAACGCCUCCCACCAAAAGGAAGAGCAAGUUCUCAGGCUUUGGCAAGAUCUUCAAGCCCUGGAAAUGGAGGAAAAAAAAAAGUAGCGAUAAAUUCAAAGAGACUUCAGAAGUUUUAGAGCGAAAAAUAUCUAUGCGAAAACCAAGGGAAGAGCUGGUUAAACGAGGGGUUCUAUUGGAAGACCCUGAGCAAGAUGGUGAGGAUCCAGGAAAGUCAAGUCAUGCCAUGUUAAAGAAUGGCCAUACCACCCCAAUAGGGAGUGCCAGAUCUUCUAGUCCAAUCCAAGUAGAGGAAGAGCCAGUAAGAACAAGUCUUAGGAAACUUAUUCCAGAAGAGGACACAAAGAAGCGACUAGGAUCAACCGGAAGCCAGCCUAAUUCUGAAGCAGGGUCUGUUCCUGAGAAUGUACCCAAACAGCCUUUACUUCCCCCCAAAAGACCCUUGUCCUCUUCUCAUGAAGCAAGUGAAGGGCAAGCAAGGGAUGCCACUUCUGGCAGCACGGCAAGGUUCAUCUCCUCCACCUCUGCCUCCUCCACCACCACAGCACCUGCUGCCACCACUGUUGCCACAAACCUAGCAAAGACUGUUAAUUCCUCUGUCACCCCUUCCCCAGCACCCAGGACUCUGCCUCCUGCUCCUGCCAGCACUAACACUACUGCUACCCCAAGCCUCACUCAUAUGGUCCCUGCCAAGCAGCCCCCUAUCCCUCCCCCUAAACCAGCUCAGAGAAAUAGCAACCCUGUCAUUGCUGAACUGUCCCAAGCAGUAAACAGUGGUACAUUGUUAUCAAAACCAUCCCCGCCCUUACCACCUAAGAGAGGCAUUCCAUCAACCUUGGUACCCACCUCGGAAUCUGCUGCUACCGUCACCACAAAAACACCAAGUGAUCAAAGAGAGAAGAGCACAUGCUCUGUGGGCUCUGAACUACCGCUGAUAAUCCCUCCUUCCUCUCCAUCCCCUCCACUGCCUACUCAUAUACCUCCAGAGCCUCCCCGGUCCCCUUCAUUCCCUGCUAAGACUUUUCAAGUUGUGCCAGAAAUUGAGUUUUCACCUUCCUUAGAUCUACCCCAGGAGGUUCCCCAACAGGAAGAUCAGAAAAAGGAAGUCCCUAAGAAGAUAUUGGACCAGAGCUGUGGGGAGCCCCAUGUACCCUCUAGGCUGCCCCCACUCCCACUGCAUGUUCGGAUCCAGCAGGCCCUGACCAGCCCACUUCCCAUGACUCCUCCUUUGGAGGGCUCUCACAGAGCUCAUUCUUUGCUCUUCGAGAACAGUGACAACUUUUCUGAGGACAGCAGUACCCUUGGUCGGACCAGAUCACUUCCUAUCACUAUUGAAAUGCUGAAAGUUCCAGAUGAUGAAGAAGAGCAAACCUGCCCAUUGGCAUUCAGUGAAGACGUGAUAUCUACCUCAGUCGUCCCUAAACUACCGCAGUAUCUGCAGGAGGAAGAGGAAGAGGAAGAGAAGGAGAGUGACUCUGAUUCAGAGGGUCCCAUUCAGUACCGAGAUGAAGAGGAUGAAGAUGACAGCCAUCAGAGUGCUCUGGCCAACAAAGUGAAGAGAAAAGACACAUUGGCAAUGAAGUUGAACAACAGACCCAGUGAACCAGAAUUGAAUCUGAAUUCUUGGCCUCAUAAAAGCAAGGAGGAGUGGAAUGAAAUACGGCACCAGAUUGGAAACACACUAAUCCGGAGACUGAGUCAAAGACCAACACCAGAAGAACUAGAACAACGGAAUAUACUGCAACCUAAAAAUGAAGCUGAUCGUCAGGCAGAAAAACGAGAGAUUAAACGUCGGCUCACUAGAAAGCUCAGUCAAAGGCCAACUGUGGCUGAGCUACUUGCCAGGAAGAUUCUGAGGUUUAAUGAAUAUGUCGAGGUAACAGAUGCUCAAGAUUAUGACCGGCGAGCCGACAAGCCUUGGACCAAACUGACCCCUGCUGACAAGGCUGCCAUAAGAAAAGAAUUAAAUGAAUUUAAAAGCUCAGAGAUGGAGGUUCAUGAAGAGAGCAAACAUUUUACACGCUACCAUCGUCCAUGAUGCUGAUGUUGGAGAGAGGAACUAAACCCCAAAACAGGGCUGCUUUGCUGCUUCAGUCUCCAGAGUGACACAUGGAGGGAGCUUAGCACUUCCUAGCACAGCUAGAAUUGUGUCCUCUAGGAUCUAGUUCUGGAAUGAACAGCACUUCUAUGAAUGUAGCAUUUCACUGGAACGGAUUCUCAUGCACUGCCCCUGGGGCAAAACUGAACACUUCAUCGGUGCUUUUGAACCUUUUGACAUUGCAGCAUACUUGGGUUUUCCCUCACUAGCCACCAAAGGUCUGGGCCACUUGCAGGUUCCAAGUUUUAUUUGCUGCACCACACCCUCAUCCCAAGAUGACUGCCUAUGCUGAGGGACAUUAGCACCAUUAGCCUUACCUGUCCUGCCCUCGUUGUGAGACCCCUUCUGUAGGCACUAAAUUCCAGCCAUCAUAUCCAAUUGGUGGUGGGGAAAUUUUCUGGACACCCCCAACCUUCUGGCAAAGGGGUCCCCACCUCCAGGGGAAGCUUUCAUGCCACACUUGCAUGUCAGUUGAAAGCACUGCACUGUAUCUCUUGUAACACAGCAAUAUAAUCUUCAGGCACUGGAGCCUGAGAGGAAGCUCAGGAUAUGACAUGUUCCUCCUUUUUGGCACAAGUCAUUCCUGAUUUUUAUUAAAAAAUGAUCUGAAGAAGUCACGGGAACAUAUCUUUUUCCUGUCUAUUAAACAAUCUGAGCUGCAGCCAGAAUCGAAGUUGGUUAAAUGAGAAAGCAUGUAUAUUUUCCAAAUGCACAUGCGCCACAUACCACAUAUACAACAGCUAUUCCAUAAGAUUAUAAUGGCUAUACAGUAUAGCCUAGGUGAGUAGUAAGUAGGCUAUACCAUCUAGGUUUGUGUAAGUGCACGCCAUGAUGCUUAUACAAUGGUGAAAUUGCCUAGUAACAUAUUUCUCAGAACAUAUCCCCAUUGUUAAGCAGUGCACGAGUAUAUAUAAAUAUUAAAAAAAAGCCUUAAUAUUAAUGCCAAUUUGGAAAUAAUCUGACUUGUGGCUUAAAUUUUAUAGGCUGUUGUACUUUUAUUGUACCAAAUGAUAUUCUAAAUGACUUCAACCCAUAAGUGUAUUCUCCGUAAAGCAGAGUUGUAGCAACUCUGGGAGCACUUCAGUGCUGCCAGCUCUCACACUUCCAGCUGAAUAACAGCAAGGUCCUAAGGGAUAUGAGUGCUGGAAAGGAAAUGGUCUUUGGCGAAGCAAGGAGGGGCACGAUCAUGGCCCACUGCUCCUCUGUUCUCAGUGCUGUUUGCCCUCUCCUGCUGUGUGCUUCCUCUUCACUACCACACCGAUCCUCCUCCUGACCCUCUCUGGCAGCUUGCACCUCACUCGCGCCUCCUCUUCCAGGCUGUACCCAGUGUGGUUAGUGCCUAGGCACUGGCUCAGCCCCUACCCCUUCUUGUGUUUGUAAUAUAUAUUAAUAUGAUUUCCUAAAACAGAAGAUUUGGUUGCUUUCUUUGAAUUUUUAUUAAAAACCAUACGUCCUUACUAUUUUCCUCUAAUUCCUAUCCACACUGUAAGUGGUAGAAAAAGAGUUUCUGUUCAACUGAUGAAUAUGGCUUUUUUUCUUUCACUUUAAUGUAGAUUUCUUCUGAUUUAUUCUGCAGUCCCUGUCAUUUGUUCUGUAUGUAAUCUUUCAAUAGAUUUUUCUUUCAUAUUGAUGUAAGACUUAGCUUAAGAAUCAGAGUAUCUUUUCAAACAAAAAAGUUAAAGUGACCUUAAAAGGCAUUGUCUUCUCUCUGUUUAGGGAAAGGGGGGAUGAGGGUUUUUAACUUACUAUCAAAUAUUUUAUAGCUAUGGAAAUAAUACUGGAUCCACAUCUCCCUUGAAGCUCAUUAACAUUUGGGAUAGCUGAGGGAAGAUAUGUGACAAUCCUACAAGUCUCUCAGAGGUCUGAAUAUAAGGUGGCCACACAUUAACUGCUAACUUGACUUCUUCUAAACGAUCUAUCUUGUUCAUCCGGAGACUGCUUGGCUUAUGCUAGCAUUCCAAAGCCUUCUAUCACUGCCUUUCUUUUCCUUAAUGUGCCAAGUUUGAAAUAGGAUUUGAUUUCCCGAGCUCAUUUUCUGCCUUCUCUGUGCCACCUAGGAGUCUGGUUCAUAUUUCAACUUAUCCUGUUCUUUGUUGUUGUUGUUGGCUGGCCAGUCAUUCAUGUUCUUUUGUAACAAGAUACUUUGGAGGUCAAGUCUAUGCUGGUGUUUGUUUCGUUUUUAUGUAUAUAAAAAUGGAUUUUGUGUUCCUUUUCUGUGUAAGUUGAUACUUACACAGAAACUCACAAUCAUAAUGUACAGAAGAAAUAAAAGCCUGGUGUAUUGUACUUCAAGAUACUUCCCUGAUGUACAGAAUCUCCUUGUAAAAUAAAUGAUUGCAUUGUAUAUGAG